AUGCCUCCACCCCCCCGAACCACCUAUCUUGAUGGUCUCCGCGGCAUAGCCGCCACCAUCGUAACAACGAACCACUUCUUCAUGGGCGGGCUCCUCGACCACGCCUUCCGGUCCUACUGGGCGUCGCCCCCUUCCGCGAACCGCCAUCUGAUCCAACUCCCUCCAAUCCGGCUCCUCUUCGCCGCCCACGCCAUGGUCCCCCUCUUCUUCGUCAUCUCCGGCUAUGCCAUCAGCAUCAACCUCCUUCACGCCCGCAACACCCACCCCCACACCCUGCUCAAAUCCCUCUCCUCAUCCCUCACCCGCCGCGGCCUAAGAAUCUACCUCCCCGUCAUCCUCCUCGCCACACUCUCCCAGCUCAUCUACUACCUGGGCCUCUACCACUGGCCCUUCGCCGAUGACAUCGUCUGGGGGCGCAGACCGCUCACUGCCCCGGGGUUCCAUCUCACGUACCUGCUGCGCUAUCUGCUUGAUAUUGUCAAUGUGGUACAGUUCCACCAUAAUCCCGGCUUGAAUGGGCAGUUGUGGACCAUGCCGAUGGAGUAUCGCGGGAGUUGUGUGGUUUAUUUGGUCGUUUCCCUAUGUUUUCUAUUCGGGCUGCAUCUGCUCUGUCUCGGCGACGACGGGUCCCUAACCCCCGGAUACCAGUUUCUGGGGUAUGUGCAGUCGCCGCGAUGGGACGACGAAUGGGCGAUUCUGAGCAAAUCAUGGAAGUCGCUGGGCGCGGUACUGCUCGUCUACGCGGUGGAUUGCUCGCCCGUGUUGCAGCGUCCGCUGAAUGCUCGUCUGUCGCAGUAUCUCGGCCGCAUCUCGUUCUCGUUGUAUCUCGUGCAUCAGUCCGUGUAUCAUGUGGCGAGGGAUCCCGUCAGGAAUAUGAUAUGGUGGAUGCUCGCGGGGUCGGAGUAUCCGGUGUCGAUGGAGGAGGCACGGAUGGCUGGGAUGCCGUUUGUCCUGAGCUGGGUUGGUACGGCCGUGGUUGUCGGCGCGUUGGUACUUUAUGUUGCUGGGCUGUGGACUAGGUGGGUGGAUGUGAGGUGUGUGAGGGCUGCUAGGGGGGUGGAGAGGUGGUUGACGGGACAGUAG